AAUCGUUUGUUUACAAGCUGAACAUUAUGCGAUAUCAAGGACAAGACAUGCGGAAACAAAGAAUGGUUGCCAAGCGGCGCCAGGGAAAUAGUAAAAUAAUUAAUAAAGACUGUUGCGUCAUAGUGUUUCCCCACGCGUAACAUUGAUAUUUGAAAAACAAAAGGAAAUUGUCUUGUCUCGAAUACUGCCUUGGUAAUAAAUUUAUAGAAGGAUUGGAAAUGAAAGGAGAAUGAGAAAAAGAUUACAAGAAAUUAACAUUAUUUUAAUAAAAUAAUUAUUGUAUCAGUUGGAAUAGUAUCUUGUUUUAUUUUAAUUAGUAAUGAUAAGUGGGAUUAGGGAUAUCCUUUAUUUUUUAUGGUUGCACUAUAGAAGCUACUAUGGUAAUAUUUUGGAAAUUUGAUGUCUCGAGUAGCCGUGCAACAAAAAUAAUUUUCUCUACAGAGAAGAAUUUAUAAUUUUGUUAAUUGUAAUUACUGAAAAAUCAUGAAAACGCACUUAAUGCAUGUCUUAAAGUACAGAAUUCCAUAUCUCCAAGAUUAUCUUGUGAAACAAAUUGAAAAAUUUGUCGAAUGUACAUUAAAACAUGCUUAAAAUAUUCCCAAGGUUAAACAGACUUAACCUUACAUUAUUUCUAUAAAAAAAAAGUCAUGGAAACGCACUUAAUGGAUGUCUUAAAGUGCAAUUGUUUAAAACAAAAUCCAUUAUUCCCAAAAUUAUCUUGCGAAAUGAAUUGAAAAAAUUGCCAAAUGUACUCUAAAACGUGCUUAAAAUAUUCCCAAGGUUAAACAAAAUUAACCUUUCAUUGUUCUUAUAAAAAAAAAUCAUGGAAACGCACUUAAUGCAUGCCUUAAAGUACAAUUGUUUAAAACAAAAUUCAUUAUUCCUAAGAUCAUCUUGCGAAACGAAUUGAAAAAAUUACCAAAUGUACAUUAAAACGUGCUUAAGGUAUCCUCAAGGUUAAACAGGUAUCAAGUAUAUAAAUAUUUUCCUUUGAAAAAAAAAAUUACAAAAUAAAUACUUAAUGGCCUCCCAUAAUAUCCUCUAUCCCCCUUCCAAUGAUUUAAGACAUCAAUCAACCUAAUAUUGUUCGAUUUUGGGCAUACAACUUGUUUCCAAGGUGUAGGGCAUUAUUCUGUCACACCUUUUACGACACUUUCUAUUCGUGCGCCGUUCGUCGAGUUCACCUGUUGCGUCGCUCGCGGUUGGGGCGUCCACUCUUUUUCGAAUAUUUCCCGUUACACCAAGUGAUCAACGCGUCUCCUCGCACAACGACUGCAUGUAGCAUGUGAUGGCAGAUAACAGAAGAUAAUCCAAGUCUUUGUAGCGAUUAGGAUUCCUAGCUUGCAGAGGUUUCAAGCUGAUAAGGAUGCCGAACCACCAAGGCGGAGAGCCUGGGAUCGAGAUUCCCCUGCAAUACAAUGAUGCUCAUUGGAGGAAUAUAUUCAACAGGUUCGACUCCGAUGGCGAUGGGAAAAUCUCGUAUCAAGAAUUGCGAACCAUGAUCCGUCUAUCUGAAUAUUCUCACGAUAUUCCAGAAAGAGUCGUCCAGAGAAUCAUGCAUAAAGCAGAUUUGGAUGCUUCGGGAUAUUUGAGCUACGAAGAAUUCAUAGCUAUGAUACACAGAAAGGAUAUGCAGGGAGUGUUUGGCCACCUUGUGCAGCGAUAUGUGCAUUCGAUGAUACCGCAGAGGCCAUGCAGUGUACAGAGACGUGAUUACACUGAUGGCCAGUACGAAGAGGAAUACUCUUGCAAGCCUCCUCCCUUAGCGAUGAUUAUAAUAUCUAUGCUAGAGAUUAUCCUAUUUAUGUACGAUGCAAUUGCACACAAGUCACUGAGCGUGGAUGGGCCAGCAGCACAAUUGUUCGUUUACGAUCCACACAAGAGGUACCAAGCGUGGAGAUACCUGACGUACAUGUUCGUACAUGUGGACUACCCUCACUUGGUGAUGAACCUGCUUGUACAGAUAAUGUUGGGCAUUCCUCUGGAGAUGGUGCACAAGUGGUGGAGGGUGCUGAUCAUAUACAUAGCAGGCGUGGUUGCUGGAUCGCUGGGUACGUCUGUGUCGACUCCUAAAGUACUUUUAGCAGGCGCGUCUGGCGGUGUUUACGCGUUAAUUACUGCUCAUGUGGCGACCAUAUUAAUGAACUGGUCGCAGAUGGAGUUCGCGGUUUUGCAAUUAUUAGUGUUCCUCGUUGUCACUGCUUUGGACGUUGCUCAGGCGAUCUACAACCAUUACACGUUAGGAAUCAACGAUAGGGUCGGGUACGUUGCUCAUCUCGCUGGCGCUAUCGCUGGCCUCUUAGUAGGCAUAAACGUUCUUCGCAAUCUCGAAGAGCAAACGUGGGAGAAAGUCGUAUGGUGGACUAGUAUUAUUGUUUAUGUCGCCCUCAUGUCCGCUGCCAUUUUGUGGAAUAUCCUGAAUACUUCCUAUUACGAAUAGCAGUGGAACGCUUCCUAUUUUUCUAUCGAACAUACAAAUCUCAUGAUUCUUGCCCGUUAUGCGCGCACACGAACAAGCACAAAUUUAUUUUUUUUUUUUUUAUCGAAGUAGUGGAGAGAAAUAUUGUAUAAUUUAGAAGUUAUACGCGCAUUUAUCCGAAACGAAUAUCAAUUAUUACAUACUGUGAUACGCGACGACUGUAUGUAACGAGGAGGGACUGGUUGUUGAAGACGAUAUCAAUGUUUAAUAUUCGAUAUUAACGCUAAACUUACAUUAUUCAUUCGUAAUAGUUCAUUCGUAACUAUUUCUAUCGUGAUGAGAUGAACGACUGGUAUUAAACAGACUUAUUUCGAUUAUAUGGAAAUAUAUUUUAUUUGAAACUAUACUGAAUGAUGCAUGAAACAAUUGUAUAUGUAUAAUUCAUAUGUUGCAUAUUAGAAUUUUACCAGUCGUAGGUUUAGUGUUAACCCUUCGACUGCAGGACAAUUUUUGAUGGAAAUUCCAAGUGGCGUAGAGGUCUGAAUAUAAGAGAUAUAUCAGUUUAUAGGGAAUGAUAAGAUGUAACUUUUUUAUAUUUACAAAUUAUUCAUAGGACGUUCAGUUUCAGAGAUAAGAAUUAAAAACUUAGAAGACCUCUUUCCUGAAAUUCAAUUUUUCCAACGAAUUUCUAAUUUUUCAAUUUUUGUUUUGGAAACUAAGCAUCCUGUGGAUAAACUGUAAAUAUAAAAAAGUUUCGUCUCGUCAUCUCCUAUAAGCUGAUAAUUAAAAAAAAUUGAUUUAUCUAAUAUAAACACUUCUCGUGGGCCUAUAUACAUAUGUGUAUGUCCUUCGCAGUCAAAGGGUUAAUGACAGAGGAUUGUAUAGUUUUUGUACUGUCACGGUUACUUCAAAAAUAGGAUUGAUAUCGUCGUAAUCAAUUUUAUAAGGCAGCUUGUAAACGAAUACUUGAAGAUAGUAUAUAAAAAAUAGACAAUGAACACUGAAUUUUGGGAACGAUGGGAACAAUCGAGCAGCUAAUUUGCUAAUAAAAUAAAUGAUAAAAUAAGCUGUAACCAGCAUCCAUAUUCUAAAAGGAAGGCCUUCUUUUGUACGUCCUAAAAUUAAAGAUAUUGUUAUUACUCGCAGCAGUUUGAUAAUAUUUUAUUACUCGUAGAGUUUAAGUAAGCAAUGACAACAUUUUCUAUGAAAUGUACGUAAAGUAUUGUUGGCAUAGGAAUACUAUUAUCGUGAAUUUCGAUAAUUUUUUUUUCUUUUUUUAUAUAUAUAUGUAUCGUAAGUUACUGUAGUUCAUUGUAUCGUGUAUUUAUGUUUCACUAUGUCAUAUAUGUACCUGAUUUUGCAAAUUUACUGACGCGUCGCUGAACUAUCUUGAACGUUAUGCAACGAGACGCGAAAAAUUUCUAACGAGUGACAGCAGGGUUUUAGUUUAAAUAUAUAAUAUACAUAACAGAGCUUGGUAAACAUACGUAAAGAACAGAUUGACUAUUAGAAAUUAUAAAAAGGGACGAGCAAGUGUUCGAAAACAAUGUAAAAAGUCUCUGGUUAAUAAUUGAACCAGUAGACACUUCUGAAACGUAUUUAAUUUGUUUAUUCCUUUUUUUAUGAGUCCUAGUAGCCAUAUGGACUUAUAAUUCUAGAAUGUAAUAUAUAAUAAUAUUGUGCGUAAUGCUAUUGGGCAGACCUCGUAUAAAGUUAAUGUUUAAUGUAAGUUGAAGCAUUUGUAUUUGUACAUAAGUCGAAUCGUGACGAUUAUUUGUUAAAAUAGUGUACAUCGAUUUACAACAUAAUAAAACUAUUUUUAAACAUA